AUGAAGAAAGAAUUACGUUGUUCUUCCACGCGACCCCCAAAUAUAUCUUAUAUUCCAAAUAAGGAACUCGGUAAUGCAGUUCCAACAACUCCAUUCUUCUUUCUUAAACCAACCUCCUCUUACCUUUUAUCAGGUGAAGUAGAAAUACCAAAAGGUUGUGUUGUUCAUCAUGAAGUCGAAUUAGGUGUAGUAAUUGGUAAAGGAGGAAGAGAUAUUCGAAAAUCCGAAGCAAUGGAUUAUGUAGAAGGAUACGCACUUGGUAUUGAUAUGACAGCGCGUAAUCUCCAAGAUGCAGCAAAAAAAAAUGGGUUACCGUGGAGUGCAGCGAAAGGUUUUGAUACAUUUACUCCGGUCGGAGAAUUUAUUCCAAAAUCUGAAAUCAAAGAUCCUCAUAAUGUAAAUUUAUGGCUUAAGUUAAAUGAAGAAAUUAAACAAAAUGGUGUAACGAAAGACAUGAUAUUCAAGAUUCCUACAUUAAUCGAAUAUAUAAGCUCAAUCAUGACCCUAGAAAAGGGUGAUUUGAUUUUAACGGGUACACCUUCAGGUGUUGGACCUAUUCUUCCAGGUCAAGUAAUUACUGCAGGAUUAAAUGCUGAUAAUAAAAAUAUAUCUACAAUUAAAUUUUCUGUUGUGGAAAGAGUUGGAUUAUUUGAAUAUAAACAAUAA